AUGUUUGACGUUGUUGUUGUUGGUGCCGGCCUCAGUGGCCUCCAGGCUGCCUACUCCGCUCAACAGGCAGGCCUUUCCGUCGUGGUCGUCGAAGCUCGGGACCGCGUGGGUGGCAAGACAUGGAGUGUGCCGUUGGCAUCAGGACGCGGUUACGCAGACCUCGGAGCUGCUUGGGUGAAUGAAAACAACCAACCACGAAUUACUAAGUAUAUCCGACGUUUCAAUCUCCCUAUGGUCGCGCAAAGACUGGUAGGAAAGGCGGUUAUGCAGGUAUCAAAGGGCGACAGGAUCGAGUUUCCCUUUGGUAUUACGCCCGAGUUCACUCCAGAGGAGAAGAAGAACCUCGAAUUCGUCCGAGAUCACAUUCAAGCCAGAUCCUUGACGAAGGAGGCUCCGAAGAAAGAAGACGACAAUGUAACUCUGGACCAGUACGUGCGAAACCUGGGUGCUCUUCCGAAGACGGUUGCUAUGGUCAAUCUUUGGGCGAAGGUCAUGCACGGGGUUGAGUCUACGGAGGAAUCUGCAGCCUGGUUCAUCGAUUACUGUCGGCGUAACUUGGGGCUGUUUGCUAUUCGCGCGGACGACAAGACGGGCGGAAACUAUCAACGUUUACACAAAGGCACACAGCAGAUCGCAAACGGCAUCGCAGAUUUGAUCGGACGUGGCAACAUCCACCUCUCUGCGCCAGUCGCCUCUGUCGAGAAUGCUCAGACCCACGUCACCGUGGUUACUACCAACGGCCAAAAAUUUGUCGGCAGAAAGGCUAUCAUCUCCAUUCCCAGUACCAUGAUGCGCGACAUCAACAUCACGCCCAACCUUCCACUCAGAGUGCGAGAGGUGAACGACUCCUCAAGGCUUGGUCACUACAACAAGGCUAUCCUCUGCUACGAUAAGCCAUGGUGGAGGGACCUUGGCUACAACGGCUUCUUCAUGAGUUACGAGGGCCCCGUCACACUGGGUCGCGACACCAGUGUCGAUGAGGUAGGCUUCUUCUCCCUUACCUGCUUCGUCAAUGGCAAGUUCGGAGAGGACUGGUCUAAGCUCUAUCCCCACGAGCGUCGCGCCGUUGUGAUCAAGCAGGUAGCCAAGAUCUUCAAUGUCAGUCCGGAUUCGGAAGCCUUCCGUCCCAUCGAAGUCUUCGAUCAGAUCUGGAAGCACGAGCAGUACAGCAAGGGAGCGUUAGCCCCGAUUCAAGAGAUUGGCCACUACACGGAGUACGCCGACGUCUACGGCAAGCCCGUGGGAAACCUCCACUUCGUUGGCACGGAAUAUUCGAAUGAAUGGAAGGGUUACAUGGAGGGAGCUCUGUGCUCGGGUGAGCAGGGUGCUAAGGAGGUCAUUGAAGCUGUUCAGCGAGCGCCGCGGGCCAACUUGUAA